AUGAAGCUGAGUAAGGAGAUGGUGGAGGGGAUGGGUGGCAUGCAGAGUGAACAGUACCAGGAGUUCAGGAAACAGUGUUACACAGCCUUCCUUCACCUCAUGAGGUAGGACACACACAGUACACACACUGUAUACACACACAAUUAUAUCAGCUGUGAUGAACCUUUUUCAUUUCGCUCUCUCUUUCUUAUCUCUCUCUCUCUCCAGGUACUCUAACCUCAUCCUGAAUUUGUUGUCUCUUAUGGUGGAUGGCAACAUUCCUGACAUCGCCCUGGAGCCUGACAAGACUGUUAAGGUAUUUUUUACUCUACAGACAUACUGUAAUGUACAUUUGUGUGUGGAUUUUUCAUGUCUCCACAUGAAAGAACAAACCCAAUUAAUGUAUUUAACCAGGAUCAGUCUAUUCUCUCCCCUGAACAUUCUGUCUCCUCCCCCUCCAGGUGCAGGUCAAGUUCCGAUUGGACCUGUCGGACAAGGAGGCCGUUCACCACAUGCAGAGUCUGAUUGAUGAGAGCGUGGGGGCUCUGUUUUCUGCCAUGGUAGAGCAGAUACACAAGUUUGCCCAGGUGUGUGUGUGUGUGUGUGUGUGUGUAGCAGUGUUAAUGUAUGUGUCCUUAAUAGCCUUAAAAGCACAAGUCAUUAAAAUCAUUUUUACAACGUCUACCUGGUUUGAGGUACUUUUACUAGUUUAUGUGGUAUUUGUUGGUAAAUGUAUUUGUGUUUCCAUGUGUUAAGUGUCUACAUGACUGGUGUGAGGGUCAGCUAACGGUGUUGUCUGUCUCCCAUCUCUCCUCAGUACUGGCACAGAUGAGAAGGACAGACAGAUCAUCUGGCUGAGACGCGACUGA